AUGUCGCACACUUCCCAGAAGCAUCGGGACUUUGUGUCUGAGCCUAUGGGUGAUAAACCAAUCACAGCACUGGCCGGUAUUGGAGAAAUUCUUGGCGGCAAAUUGGAAGAACAAGGAUUUGAUAAGGUACUUUGCCUAGAAUAUUUGUUGAAUAUCUUGUAG